AAGGAUCCCUUGAGCUUCGCUCUUAAUGGGGUUGUCAGCACAAACUGACGUAGGUUUGCUCAGAAGCAAACCUCAACAGAUAACUGGGGCUUACUCCUGAGUAAAGUGUGUGGAAAGUUGUGUAGCCUGCAUCCGUUUGUAAGGCGCCUCAAGAGAAUUGAUUAGUAUUUUAUCAGUCUGCUAGAACCGCCACUCACCUCGAAUUCACACCUGCAUUGAUGGGCGGAUUGCUAGGAUCCUCACUUCGAGGGAAAAUAGAUCAAGGGACCCACUUCUAGAGAUAUUCUGACUCUGCUUGGAAAGGAAUCAGGAACAAUUUAAAUAAUCAGUCAAAGGUCUUGUUAUGAUCUGUUAUACAAAUCAUGGAUAAUUAUGUAAUAAUUAAAAUGAUUGGAGAAGGAGCAUUUGGCAAAAUAUUCUUAGCCAGAAAAAAAGAGGAUAAUCAACAGUGUGUUAUCAAGGAGAUCAAUUUAACUAAGAUGCCAAGGAAGGAAAAAGAAUCAUCUCAAAAAGAAGCAACUCUUUUAGCCAAGAUGAAGCAUCCCAAUAUUGUAGCUUUCUACACUUCUCUUCAAGAGAAAAAUAACUUGUAUAUUAUGAUGGAAUAUUGCGAUGGAGGUGACCUAAUGAAGAGAAUAAAUAUGCAAUAUGGAGUGCUGUUUGAUGAGGAUAAGAUCUUGGGUUGGUUUGUGCAAAUUGCCUUAGGCCUGAAACAUAUACAUGACAGGAAGAUUCUGCACAGAGACAUAAAAACACAGAACAUUUUUCUUAGCAGAAAUGGAAUAACAGCAAAACUGGGAGAUUUUGGGAUUGCAAGGAUGCUGAACAACACGAUGGAAUUUGCUAGUACAUGUGUAGGAACGCCAUAUUACCUAUCACCUGAAAUCUGUGAGAAUAAGCCAUAUAAUAAUAAAACAGAUAUAUGGUCUCUUGGCUGUGUGUUAUAUGAGUUGUGUACUUUAAAGCAUCCUUUUGAAGGCAACAAUUUGCCCCAACUUAUAAUGAAGAUCUGCAGAGGCCAUUUCAUUCCUGUGUCUGUGAAGUAUUCUUCUGAUCUGAGAUUGUUAAUAUCCCAGUUGUUUAGAACAUCUCCAAGAGAUCGCCCUUCUAUUAACUCUAUUUUAAAAAAAGCCUUUUUGGAGAAGCAGAUAAAGAAUUAUUUGCCACCUGAGAUCAUUGAGGCAGAAUUUAGUCAUACUGUUAUUCACAGGAAAAAAUCAUCAGCUUCAUCAUCAGGUCAGAAACGAAGACUCCAUGAUUAUCGUUCUCCAAAAAUCAAGAUGGAAAUGCUUCCUAGAAAAUUAUUGUAUAAAAAUGAAUGCUAUUUUCCUUCAAGGAUUCAGGAUCCAAUGAUUAAGGGUCCUGCAAUUAAAAUAUGUGGGAAGCCAGAGGUCAUUAGAAUGUGUGGACAUUAUGACCAUUAUUAUGUAAAGCUGGCAAGCUUGCAGAAGAGAGCUUUGGUCCAAGAUGAUGAUCCCUGUAUUGGCCAGAGAAUGGAAGAGUAUUAUAAGCAGAGAGGACAAGAACCACCUCCUCCUCCACCUCAUAGGCCUUCCGAGUAUCUUCAGAGACGAUUUAAUGCUCAGCAAAACAAGUUAAAAGUAGAGAAGCAACUGGGGCUACGGCCAUCUUCUGCAGAGUUUUGUCAGCUGCAGAAUCAAGAAACGAAGGAAGAACAACUCAAAGACUGUAAUAAUGCUCUUCCUCAAAAAAAUGAAAUGAAAGAACAGGAGUAUCUGAAACAGCUGCAUGAAAUUCGCCAACAGUACCAGAGUGAAGUAAAUGAAAUUCGUGUUAAAGCACUUAAGGAAAAUAAAAACCUAAAGGAAAAAACCUAUAUUGUGAAGCAGGGGAAGAGUGAGGACCAGUCUGUUCCUGAUACUAAUUAUGAAGAAAGAAAUGAACCAGUCCAGGACAUGGAACAAAAUUUGAAACAAAUUGGACUGCAGAGAUUGCAGGAGAACAACCCAGAAAUACAACAGAAAGCAAAGGGAGGUGUAAAGUUUCAGGUUGAUCUAACAGAUGAUGCAGCAGAUGAGGAAAACUUCCAGGAAGAAAAUGAGCAGCGUGAUAAACUUAAUGAAACACUGACUUUUAAACAUGGAGAAAACCUUAAGAAAAAACUGGAGGAGGAAUUAUGGCAUUGGAAGAUGGAAGUUGACAAUGAAGAUGUGAUAAAUGACAGAAAACAUUGGCAAAUCUCAACUCCACAGACACUACUGAAUCUCUUAGAAAAUGGAGACAUCACAUCUGUAUGGAAUACUAUGGAUGAAGAUGGACAGGUAAAUGAAAUACAUUCUGAGUUCCCUGAUCCCAGGAAAAAAUGGAGCCCAAAAUUACCAAGUACUCUAAUGAAUAUGUUAGCAGAAGCAGAAUGCACCAGUGACACCUUAUGCCAAGCUGAAGAACCUAAAGAAACAAUAAAUCACCAGAUUCCAGAAUCUAUUAAAGAUGCUCCAGAAAUUAAUUUGGCUGCUAACCCAGAUGAAAAUAAACUUCAUCCAAGAUCUGAUGAUGAUGAUACAAACUUUGAAGAAUCUGAAGAUGAACUGAGAGAUGAGCUAGUUGAAUCUUUGGAAAAUGUGGUUACAUCUCUAGAGGAGGAGAUUUCAAAAAGUCCAAUUGAAUCAGCAAACACAGAACAACAAAAACAAUCUAUAGCCAAUAGCAAACUUAGCAAAUCUAAUGACAGCUUGGAAGAUAAUAAUUACUUGACUGGAGAAAAACAAAGUGCAAUCAGUUAACACAUUCUUGGAUAAUAAAUACUUAAGAAUUAAUAAUAACCAAUUGUAUGUAUGUUAAGACCUGAGUUUAGAAAGUGGGUGCUUUAUCUUUUCGUUGUAAAUUUUACACAGUUGCCUAAUAUUCCAAAGUAAAAAUCUGUAGAGCUGGAAUUCUUCUGUCUUGGGUUGCGUAUACCUCUUUGCCAUUAAUAAACAGUCAACGUAGAGAUACUUUCAAGGAUGUACCUCAAAAACCAAAUUUAUAACACCAAUAAAUAUAGAGCUUCACUACUCAU